UUCAACGGCGGUUAUUUACACGGCUCGAUAAGAAACGACACGCAAAGCGACACGCCGAAUAAUCGAACGACCGUCCUAGCGAGCAAUAAUCGUAGCCUCAGCCCUAAUAAUUCCAUCGAAAGCCGUGGAAGCUCCUCUAUACGACGUUACACAGCAACGCCUAAUCAGUUUAGCAAGAGAUUAGAUGAUGUUGAAGAUUCCCCAGAGAUAAGAGUUUCCGAAAUUCAAACAUUCCUGCCUGUCGUUUACUUUGAAAGAUACAAUGGAAAUCAAGGUGUCAGGGAAUCAUGCUUGUCUCGACAGAUGGGAACUUUGCUCGUACUCGACGAGUUGUGUUGUAGAUUAAAGAAAUUUAUGCGAUGGAUUAGCGACCUGUCGCGCAGGAACUCGUUACGUGGAAACGAGAACGUUCAGUCGCCGACGAGGAAAACCUUGCCUCUAGACGAGAUGAUGCCUAUGCAAUGCUCAACGGCACGUACAAUCAAUAAUUUGUCAAUGGAGACUGGUCCACUGCCCAGAAUUAAACGACUUCCCGAUCAGGAUGAUGACAAUCCCCGUACAGACGAACAGACGCCACCCUUGAAUGGCCAUGGUAGCGCAAGCAGUAUCGAGAGAAUUAAAAAGAUAUUCAUGUUCUUUGAACCUAAAGGAUGCCUUAAGGAACGUGAUGAUUACUCGCUUUAUCUUUUUCCACUGAAUAAC